UCUUGAGGAGUGCUGCACAGCCAGAGAGCCCCUUUGCUAUCUGGCCUGGGGAAAACACUGAGUUGUGAAUGUGAGAGGCAGCUCCUCCAGACUUCUCUGCAAAGAAGCCUGCCAAGGAGUUACAGAUGGGGACACCAGCUACCUGAUCCCUGAAAUACCAAGGUCUUGCUGCAUGUCACGACAGCAGAUGCUGGCAUGGGUUGUACCUUGCUACAGGAAUCUCUUCAGAGCAGGCAUUCUGCAGACAGAUAUCUGCUCCAAAGAGAAAACUAUGGAGAACGGGAUGAAACUGCCUGGAGAUCCUACCACAUUGAAGGGAAAAGCUCAUUCAGAAGGAGGGGAAAAUGGGCAGAAAUCAGAUCAACUUCACCCUGAGAAGAGAACUCGCACCCUGCAGAAGAGGAGGUGGACAUGGUGGCCCUUGGGGGUCCCUUCCAACUCAGGAUAUUCUGAUUGCUGAACUGCUACUUACAGCUUUUCACAACCUUCCUGCUUGUUGUUCUUCACUGCGCCUGUUUGAAAGUGUCUUGAAGAUGAAAUUAUUUCCUGGAGGAAUUCUGAAGGCAACAAGAAGCAUUUUCUCAAAGAGGGGAAAAAAGCAAAUGCUGGAGUGACUUGUCCGUAAAUCCUGGAGCAGAACAGAGUGGCGACCAGGGCUUCUUACCAGGUUGUGUCAUUCUGGUUUGCUGCAUUGGAUUGACCGCGAGCUCUCUGGAGGCCAGAAUGUCUCCUCAUGCUCCCUCACUGAAAGUCAGAGCCUCUGUCACAGGAAGCCAUGAGCACAGAGCAUGAGCCAUGCAUACUUGCUUCGCCCACAGUAAAGCAAUGUUUGCAGCAAGCCAGCAGAGAAACAACCCAAGGUGAGACUUUACUGAGUCAGGAAUCCCACUUGGAGAAAUGCAGCCUGUAGCAGAACAUGACAUUUUUGUGUUUAUUGCCUAGAGAGUUAAGGUUCAUGCCUAGUGUGGAGUCAGCACUGCUUCCAGCCUCAGGAGGAGGACUGGGAGAGUUCCCUCAAAGGCUAUUUCUGUUCUGAUAGGAUACCUAAGGGACGUGGUUUAGUGCUAAUGGAUAAGGUUUAGUGAGGAGAUACUGGUGGUAGGUGAGCAGUUGGCUGGGAUGAUCUCAGGGGUCUUUUCCAGCCUUGGUAAUUCUAUGAUUCUAAAGCUUAAAAAUCUCUUGCCAUAAAAGUAUGGUGCCCACAGUUCAGCAGAAUCUGCUUUCUGAUCUCUUCUGGAAGACUAACUCUGUAAAAACAGCAGCAGCUGCUGCAUUGUUUGGCUGGGCAGGCUUGUCUCGCCACAGAGCUGCGUGUUGGUGCUGUGUGUAAGGCUUUGCUUUCUGUGCAACAUGCAGAUGCAAAUAUAUAUAUAUAUUUCUUUAUAACUAUCUGUUUUAUUGUUUAACUAUUUCAGAGGCUGUGUACAGAGGUGAAUGAUAUGUGCACAAGCCCUACUUUGAUUUUCUGAAAGAUCGUUUGAUCUUCCCCUAUUUACAUUUCCAAAUAAUGUGAAGCAGAAUAGGGAAGAUGCAGAAAACCUCUAAUGGGCUUUUUAUUACUCUAGAUACAGAUUUGAUUAAAGAGCAGCUGAAUUUCAGAAUUACCUGAGCACCCAGCAUCUUUCUUCUCCUCUGCACCUGCUGUCAGUAGGGCCACUCUCUGUUAAGGUUUCAAGACAUACGAUCUAAAUAUCCACACUGGAUGCGUCCAUUGAAAAAAAGUGACUUAAAUGUAAAUAAAUUAUUAACAGAGAUGUCAAUAUUGGGCUGUCCUGGUGUUGGGCUUCUUGGCUGUGUGAGCGCUUCUGGAGGAACAAAAAACUGUGUACGAAGAGGUAAAGACUUCAAAAGAAAAAGUUACAGGAAGUACAUCUAUCUCUAUUAGAGAAACUAGAGACUCUCUGGGAAUGGUGGCAUGUGAGGGGGGUUAAAGGGAUGGGAGGGAAGGAUGGUGAUUCUCCAUGAGGUAACUUACUGUCCGCCACGCCAUGAAGGGAAAUGGCACUUAGCUAUUCCUGAGUUGGACUACCAAUUCUAUAAAGUAUGACUGUGAUCCUCCUGCUUUCAUGCCUCUUGUGCUUGGUAAACUUACUGCACAGGAAAGGCUGAUGUGAUGAAGUAUGAGGUGAGAACCAAAUGGCCAAAUUUUGUAUCUGGAGCAGGAGCCAUGCUGACUUUUUUAUAUACCAUAAUGUAAUCCCAAACAACUGCAAAACUGCCAAGUAACAAAAAUCAAGCUGUUCCAUCCGCUCAAACCAAAAUCCUGGCUCAGCAGGAGGCCUGUACACAGUGCCUGGAGACAACAACAAGGGACAAAGCUCUCCCCUGCAACACAGCCAGGACAGGCUUUGAACUCAGCCUCUGAAACUGCAAAGCGCUCAUUUUGUUGUCCAUGGAUAAUCCACCAGGCAAAAGCUGGACAUUGCUCUCUUUUAUUCUGCCUAUGCAAUUGCAACACUCGAAAAGAAAGCUCUUCUGAACUGCUGACGCCUGGAUGGGCAGCCCCAAGGCGGGGCCAUGGGGAUUUAUUUAGUUCACUGCUGCAGAUGAUGCCUUUAGUGCCACAAACAGCCCUGGAAGCAACUCCUAAUCAUCUGGGGGGUGAUUAUGGUCAAUUCUUCCUCCCCAAACCCCCCAGAUACAAAUCAGAUCCAAACUGGAGAGACAGGCAGGCACGGAAGAGGGGACACCGGCACCACACAGCCUCCCCGAAGCCAUGUACAGGAGCAGCUUCCUCCGCGAGGUUCGCAAGGAGAAGUACGAGCGCUCGGACGCCUAUGAUGAGCUGCGGGGCUCCCCCGAGUUUGACAGCUUGGCCCAAGCCCAAGGCCUGGAGAACCUGCAGGAACUCAACGAGCGCUUCGCCAGCUACAUCAACAGGGCGCGCGUGCUGGAGCAGCGCAACACCAUCCUGCGCAAGCAGCUGGAGACCUUCCAGCGCAUGGAUGAGCUGGUGGGCUUGGAUGAAGCCUUCGCUGGGCAGAUCGAGUUCAACCGCCAACGAAUGCGGGAGCUGGCGUCCGACCGGGCCAAGCUGGAGCGGGAGGAGAAGGAUGCCCAGCGCAUGCUUGAUGAGUAUCGCAACAAGUACCGAAAUGAACGUGAAUAUCAGCAGAAGCUAAAAGAGACCCUUGAACGCCUGAAUAAGGAAGCGGAUGAAGCCCUGCUGUGCAACCUGGAGCUGCAGAUCGAGUCCCAGUUCCUGCAGGAUGACAUUAAUGCCACAAAAGACAGAUAUAAGAAGAACCUCAUGGAAAUCCAGACCUAUGUCAACAUUUUACAGCAAAUCAUCCAGACAACCCCUCGCGUGUCCCCUAUAACUACUGGCAUAUCUGAGGAAAAACUUGUAGCAGAAAGGAGGAUCCCUGUUCUUCAGAGCCAGCUGGAGGAAUACAAGAGCAUCCUCUGCCAGCUACAGGCUCAAAAGUACAAGUUGCAGACAGAGACAACUAUGCUGGAGCAAGCGAUAAAAAACACCCAGGAGAGUUACGACGACGAAAUUCAGCUUUACAACGAGCAGAUUGAGAACCUCAGGAAGGGGAUAGAAGAAGCAGAGAGGACCUUGGAGAAGUACACGACUGACUGCCGCCAGCUGGUGAUCUACCAGCAGUCCCUGGAGAACGAGCUGGAGCGCUACAAGCGAAUCAUUGAGAACGAGGACAGCCGGUUAAACUCUGCUAUAGCAGGAACGCCAGUCACACUCUUCACGCAGAUCUAUAGACCUGUCCAGCCUCAAGCUUCGAGGGGAAGAGAUAUCACCCAGGCUAUGCAAGAGAUUGCCAGUGUAAAGCCCAGACAAAAAGCGCUGACAAAGAAACUUUCCAGGAAAAAGGAGAUCAUGUCUAAAGACAUAACCGACGGGCUCUCACCUGAAAAAGUGUAUGAAAGAACUGUGGAAGUUUUUGACCAAGAUCAGCUGGAAUUUAGACAUGAAGGUUCAGUCACAUGUGAACCUGGGCAGGAGGAAUUAGAACUUGUUGAAAAAGAAGCAGUCCCAGAGGACGUACCGGAUGGAGCCCAGAUAAGUAAAGCCUUUGAUAAAUUGUGUAACAUUGUGAGGGAGAAAAUCAGAGUUUACAAGAAACCAGAGGCUAAAGCUGAUUCCCACCCCAAAGGGCGUUAUGUGCUGGUAACAGGGGAGGAAGGCUAUGAAGAACCUUGCUUCGCAUCCAUCCCAGCUGGGGGAGGAAUCACAGUUUCUACCAGCAAUGGGAAGGUAACGAUUGGUGGUGAUGUGGAGCCCAUACCGGAGCUGCCUGAACCUACUGAACCAUCAGAAAAAGAGAAAAGGGACAUCUGUGAAAGGAGAGACGAGACUGAAACCCAAGAUAAACUGAAAGAGGAGGAGAAAGAAGAUCUGUUUGAAUGGGGCAAAAUAAGGGGGAAAAUUGAGCAAGUCACAAAGUAUCCAGACGUCUCCGAGCCCGAGGCAGUUCCUUGCCCGGGUCUGAUAAGCCCUGCUGAGCCAGGAGUACUUCAAGAGACAGAGCAUGACCGAGAAGAUAAACAGGGCCUCUUGUUCCGGGAAGCAGGCUUGCCUGGCUCCGUGAGCUACGAGAAGGUGGAGGUGGUGGAGUCCAUCGAGAAGUUUUCAGAUGACAGAAUUCAGACAUAUGAAGAGACAGCUAUGAUUGUGGAGACAAUGAUAGAGAAGACAAGCAAGAAGAAACCGGGUGACAAAGGCUCUUAAAUGACAAGCAGUCAACUUGUCUGGCAUAGUUAUUAAAUGAUGUAAUUUUUUUUUCCUGAUCGAAUGAUACAAUAGUGAGAUUUUUGCUGUUUGGUAUGGAACAGAUUGAUACUUUGGUGGCAAAAUUCUGUCUGAUGUAGGCUCGGCUGUGUUGUAACGAAUGUGAGACUGCUCCAGGACAAGAGUAAUGGGCAGAUCCUAUGCAACUUAUUUUCACAAUAAGGACAAGUUGAAAUCAAUUACAGAGCUGCCUGACUUUCCGAAGUAUCCAGGGCAGAUUUGCCAGUGAGUAUUCCUCUACUUCUCCUAUAGCUGCCACAGGAUUCCCCAUCUAUCAGACAGCUGCAAAUGUUAACUUGUGACACCCGAUUCAUUAAAUAAAAGCUUUGCCUUCUACAGAAAGUACCCACUGUGGCUGUGUGUUGCCUUUACUGUUGAAUAACAGGCUGUAUUGCUAAAAGUUAACAAACAGAUGUGCAGGAGUCUUUCCAAAGGAGGAGCUGGAAAUUGAGUUCUCUAACCCAUUCCAAAUCUCUCUCACUCGCUGUCUUUAACUAGAGGUGACCUUGGGCAGAACACUCUUUUUGGAUUUGAAGACAAACCUGCUGUGCUUGAAAUGAGCUCGUACUGCACAUCUACUCAGAAUAGAAAUUGAAGUGCCACCAAAAUAAAGCAGGGGAAAACCCUUCUAAAAUACUCUAAAGGUGUUAUUUUUUCCUUCACCAGUAUGACUGAGGCAUUUAUGAGAGCAAACAAGCUUUUGCGCAGACUGCAGGCAGUUCAAAAGACUCUUCAUUUUGUUUGUUUCAUUUUUCUUGUUGCUUAUUUCCUUGGAUUGUAGCAUUGUACAGAGUCUGAUGCUGCCACGUGAUCCUGUUGCA